UUACAAGGGUUUCUCCUGCUCCUAAUAAACUUUUUUUUUUUUUUUUUUGCUACGCGUUUUACUAAAGUGAGUGAAAGAAUUCAAAUCAUUUGGAAAGGAAUCGAACGGAAUCGGAUUAUAUGACCCAAGAAGAAGAUAUCAGUGCAAAAAACAAUCAGGUUUAAUUUUUGCGAUGGUUUGCGAGACACGUGAUCGGCUUCAUCCAAUCACAGUGCGGCAACGACAGCCAUGUCUUCUUUGUUCUGGAUCUAUCAACGCUACCGAUUAAUUACAAGUUUAAGUUUAUGUUUUUUUAGAAGAUUAGAUUUUUAAUCGGUAAGGGAUGCUCUCCUGUUCAAUGUAUCGUAAAAAGAAGACGGGUUUGAAAGAAUUCCUCCUUUUAAAAAACGGGAUGAGCCCCGCGGCUAACGUUAGUUGUGUGGGAUCUCACGUGACUCCCUGCCCCCACCGCGAGCCAUUGAAGGGGAAGAAGAAGAAGUCGGACAUGUUUGAGGGAAAUGUGUUGAAUAAAGAAACGUGGCUGAAGACGAGAAGAAACGCGGGAUUUUUCCGACAAUGAGGAAUUCGACACAUUUUGUUUUUCAUUCUUAUUUUCAAUUCACUUAAUCUGGAUAGAGGUAUAUGUUAAGAGAUUUAGAUUUAUUAGUAUAAUUAUUUUUAAAACAUAGUUAAUAAUUAAAUUUAAACGUUUUAUUUAAAUAAUAUAUAGACAACCACGAACAAUUUGACCAGUUCAGUGUUUUAUUUUGUUUUUUCACAAUCUAUGACAUUGUUGAAAAGCUGUAACCUUGGUAAUGGGGGAUGGGCGGAAGUAUAUUUAACAAAAAAAAAAAAAACGAUUUGCUCUACUCUUUUUAAUUUUAAAAUAGUUUAAAAAUACUUUUUUUUUAUACCAUGUUAAAAUACUUUAACGCGUUUAACAUGGUUUCUAUACAGAUAAUAUUUUAAUCCGUGUGUUUCAGGUGUCCUUUAAAAAAAGGAAAUACGACUGAUGUGAAAACCUCUACAAGAUUUGUUCGUAUGGUUUUUAUUAUAACAAGCAGAAAAAUUUCGUUAAAUCAAACGCAUUUUAGUCGUUGUAGAUGAUUUUGACUUAUUAGUUUGAGCUCGAUGUUUGCCUGAACACAUAAGUCAUUUUAUUUAUAAAUUCUUAAUGUAAUUCGAAUAUUUAAGACAUUUCUGAUCAACUUUAGUUUGUUUUGUAGAUGUUUUGUCCUUGUAAUCGUGUUUUAGCCAGUGUGUCGUCGUUUGAAGUUGCUGCGUCAUUUAAUGGAGGACACUCCUUGUAGGCCAUGUUGGAUCGACAGAGAAAAAGGGCUUUGCCUUUUUUGUUUGCUUGUUUUUUUACAUUGGUCUGACUUUGCUUCGUGUUAUCUACAUUGGGUAAAAGGCGAAUUUUAACAAGAUAUUACAUGCUCCUUUAGGCCUCGGGUUUGUUUUUUCUGUUUUAUUUGAGUGGUGUAGUAACAUCAUGGUUGUGCCUUGGGAUCUUUUAUGUAAUAUUUUUGUUACUUUCAGGCAGUCGAUGAGGAACUGGCUGUAAAGAACGUGUAUGUGCCGCAUUUGUCUGUUACACGUGACUCAUGGGGCGAGCCAAUGGCGUAUUUCCAACAUGACCCGGAUGAUCGCGCCUUAGUUUUGGGCAGCCAAUCAGCGAAGUCUGUUGACAUAACUCAAGACUCUUGAGAAACGCGGUGUUUCUGGAAAUGUUAGCACAUCUUUAAGUGUUUUUUAAUUAUUCGUGAAAAUGUUUUACUGAAUGUGGUUGUUAUAACAAAAGCGGCGGCGUUGCUUAGAUGAGUGUUUUUUAUGCGAAAUAAUCUGGUUUAGAAAUACAAAUCGUGAUGUGUGGGCGUGGUCUGUUUGAUUGACAGAUAUCAUGGCCAGUAGAAUUCGCGUAGGCGUGUACGUAUAGCGUUACAUCAGCCAAUGGCGUCGUCGAUGGGUUUAUAAAAACUCGGGCGGAGCCUCAACUUCGCCAUUUCAUUGUAUCUCCGAGCUGGAGGAUAAAGGAAGUCCGAAAAACAAGGCCGCGAAACUCGGAUAUUCGAACGAAACCGGUUUAUAAACCGAACCCGGAUCCAUCCCGAUGGAGACGGCCUUUAGCCCGCCCUUUGACAGCUCUUUGGGCGGGGGUGACGGCAUGCAGGGGGUCAUCAUGAUGGAGCAGUCCAUCUCAGCACCCGGCAAGCGCAUCCGCAAGCCGUCGCUGCUGUACGAAGGGUUCGAAGGACCUGCUCUGCCCCAGGUGCCUCAAUCUGGACCCCCUCAACCCCCUGUGCGGGACCCCAUUCGACAGGGCCGUAUGACCAACCAACUGCAGUUCCUACAGAAGGCUUUACAGAAGACAUUGUGGAGGCAUCACUUCGCCUGGCCUUUCCAUGAGCCGGUGGACGCUGCCAAGCUCAACCUGCCUGAUUAUUACAAAAUCAUUAAACAGCCCAUGGAUAUGGGGACUAUCAAGAAAAGACUGGAAAACAAUUAUUACCGCAGUGCCAGCGAGUGCUUGCAGGAUUUUAACACCAUGUUUACCAACUGCUAUAUCUACAACAAGCCAACAGAUGACAUCGUCCUGAUGGCUCAGUCUCUGGAGAAGGCUUUCCUGCAGAAGGUUGCACAGAUGCCCCAAGAGGAAGAAGAGAUUCCUGCACCUGUCCCGAGGGGCAAACAGGGCAAACCUAAAAAAGGCCACAAAUCAAUCUCCGGCGGAUUCACGACAGCUCAUCAGGUCCCUGCUAUAUCUUCCGUGUCACAGUUGGCCUACUCCCCUCCAACUCCAGACACCCCAGACUCGAUCCUCUCCACCCCACUGCAGACGCUUAUAACCAAGACUUUGCCUCCUCCCACUUCACACAGCACCCCUGCGCUGAUGGGCCUGCCCCCUACUCAACCGACUGCAAAGAAAAAGGGUGUGAAGCGCAAGGCAGACACGACCACCCCCACCACCACAGGCAUGCAGCUCACUAUGGGUGUAGGUGGCAUGGGUCUCGGCAUGGGUGGUGGUGACUCCCCGCUCACUCUCUCCACUUUGGGUGUUGACCCCAAUCAGAGCCUGUCCCUUGGCCUGGGCAUGAGCCUUGGCGGAGGCCUGGUUGGAGACAAAGUACCGGCAAGACGAGGUGGCAGUGGCAGGCCCAUCAAACCACCCCGAAAAGACUUGCCCGAUUCCCAGAACCAACAUCAGCCGGUGCGGCGCGGGAAGCUAAGCCAGCAGCUACGGUACUGCAGCACGAUUCUCAAGGAGCUGCUGUCGAAGAAGCAUGCGGCCUACGCCUGGCCCUUCUACAAACCAGUGGACGCUUCCUCACUGGGACUGCACGACUAUCAUGACAUUAUCAAGUAUCCCAUGGAUCUAAGCACAAUAAAGAGGAAAAUGGAUCAUCGAGAGUACAGGGAUGCAUUGCAGUUUGCUGCUGACAUCAGGCUAAUGUUCUCGAACUGUUACAAGUACAAUCCCCCAGAUCACGAUGUGGUGGGCAUGGCCCGAAAAUUACAGGAUGUCUUUGAGUUCCGCUUCGCCAAGAUGCCAGACGAGCCUCUGGAGUCCCUCCCACCUGCGUCCCUAAGCGGCGGCCUGGGCGGUCACUCCUCCUCUUCCUCCUCCUCUUCCUCCUCGUCAUCAGAGAGUGAUGUGAGCAGCGAGAGUGAGAGCGAGAGCAGCCCGAGCUCCGACAGUGAGGAGGAGAGAGCGAAUCGCCUGGCCCAGCUUCAGGAACAGGUGUGUACACAGUUGAGGGCGGUGCACGAGCAGCUGGCCGCGCUGUCCUCUACACCCAUCAUCAAGCCCAAGAAGAAGAAAGAAAAGAAAGACAAGAAGAAAAAGAAGAAGCCGGAAAAACACAAGCGGGCCAGGAGUAUGAUGGAGGACGAUGUACUCAUCCGGACGCCCAAAACACCAAAACUCUCCAAGACACCAAAGAGCAGGAGCAACAGCAAAGCGGCGACAUCCACUCAAGGCAAGAAGACCUCCAACAAGAAGAGCAGCAAGAGCAAAUCCUCAAAGAAAUCUCAAGCCCCCUCCUUUAACGCUCCACACAUGAGCCAGGGGGGUCUUACGCCACACUAUGACUCUGAGGAAGAGGAGGAGACCAGCCCGAUGAGCUACGACGAGAAGCGGCAGCUCAGUCUGGACAUCAACAGGCUGCCGGGCGAGAAACUGGGCCGCGUCGUCCACAUCAUCCAAUCACGAGAGCCCUCGCUGCGUGACACCAACCCCGAGGAGAUCGAGAUCGACUUCGAGACGCUCAAACCGUCCACACUGCGUGAGCUGGAGAACUACGUCAUGAUGUGUUUACGCAAGAAACCACGGAAACCUAGCGUGUCAGUCAAAGGCACUGCAGGGAAAUCCCGUGAGGAACUGGCUCUGGAGAAGAAGAGAGAGCUGGAGAGACGACUGCAGGACGUCAGCGGCCAGCUCAACUCCGUCAAGAAACCACAGAAAGCCAAAGUGGAGAAGCCCGCUGGGGUGGAGGCUCAUGCCGCAGCGUCUCGUCUCAGUGCCAGCAGCUCCAGCUCAGACUCCUCUUCCUCUUCAUCCUCCUCCUCCUCCUCUGACACCAGUGACUCAGACUCAGACUGAAACAACGGACAUCAAAUAAAACAUGCACUCCAUCCCAGAAUAGAAUAGAGUUUCUGUCUUAAUAACAGUAACUGUUAGCAGAAAGAUGUUUAAGGAAGAGCAGUGUUUCUCUUUAGAUGUAUAGAAGCAGGUCGGAGAGAAUUCUGGGAAAUGUUGGACGUAGAAGGAACUAAUGGAAAAGCAGACCAGGUCAUCUUUGUCUAGUUUGGGACUCAUUUCUGUUAGUCUAUCCUUCUUUACUUUGUGUAUAUACAUGUACAAAGAUAUAUAAAUAUCUAUUUUUCUUUUAUAAAGAAGAAUUUUAAGCAAUUCCCUGGUAGGGAAGAAUACAGAAAUAUUACUUUUUUUUCUCUUUCUUUUGUGAAUACCUUUUUUAAAUUUUUCUUCUUCGUUUGACCUUUUUUAGUAAUUUGUCUUAAAGAAAAAAAAAAACAAGGCUUGGAGUAGAAACUGCUGUCACUUUGUUUGCAUGAGUGAGUGUGUGAUUGAAUCCCGUGGUUUUCCCAUUUACACACUUUGCACAUACGUGGAUGUGUUGCCGCUUGGUUCUGCAUUUGAAUAAAAACAAAAAACAAAGCUCCAUCUAUUUAAAUGGCAUCUGUACACCUAAAAAAAUAGGAGAACAGGGAAAUACGUCACUCAUGUCUGUCUGAUGGGUGACUUGUUGGCGUCUUAAAACUUGAAUCUGAUCACCUCUCCAUCCAGCCUGCUUUACUUCACGUGGUCAUAUGAAUGGGUGCAAAUCUCAGUUGUUUUAUAUACAAACAUGCAGAAUUUUGCUCUUUAAAUUCAGCUGGGCUACAUGAUGUGUAAUAGAUAUGGAUGCAUAAAAUAUUUUUAUGUUGAUGUGGUUUCGGUCAUGAUUUCUAGAGCGGAACAGAGUCUUAGAUGCACUAUGAGAGGUACACAGCUACUUGAUAGCUGUUGAUAUGAAUACUGUUUGUAAAUCUUGUUUUUUGAGUUGUAGUCUAGUUUUCUUUUUGUUUUGGUGUGUUUAUUAUUCACCCAGAGAAUUAAUGCACAAUUGGUAGUUUUAACAAAAUGAACCUUGUAUUCAGAAAUGAAAUGCUUGGAAAUAUAGUUUCAGUUUCGUAGCACAUGAGACAAUAGCAACAACAUAAUUUGACGUUUGUAUUUUUCUCUUCCAAAAUCUUGUACAUAUGUAACAGUUUCAUGACCUCGCAGCUUGCAUCUGUCAAUAUGACCUGGUUUCUGCUUCCUGCAUUAUUUUUUCUUUUUUACUUCAGCUCUUUUCUUUAGUCUUGUGGCUGGUUUUUUCCACAGCUCUUUAUGUUUUUUAAGAAGACAACAGAAAAAAAAACAAUAACAAAAUGAAACCUCAAGCUAUAAGCAUCAUCUCAACAGAUGCUUCAUGCAACCAUUAUUCUCAUCUGAAAAAUGUCAUGUUAAUAAAGAGGGUGAGAUAUCUUUAAAACAGAAA